UCUGCCAACCCCGCCGGGCGCUCGGGGCGCGGCGGGAAGAGAAAUUUCCCUCUGCAAGAGAAGCUUUCGCUUCCCUGCGGAAAGAGCGGAGCGGCCGCUGUUCCCGAGCGCCCGGGCCGGGAUGUGAGGGAGGCGGCGGCGCGGCCGUGACGCGGCGCGGGGCGGGGCGGGCGCGGCUCGGUCCGGCCAUGCCGAAGCGCUCCUGCCCCUUCGGGGACGCGGCCCCGCUGCAGCUGAAGACCCGCGUGGGGCUGCGGGAGCUGAGCCGCGGCGUGCGGGGCGAGGAGUACCGGCGGGAGGUGUUCGAGAGGACCCGGCGGCUGCUCUUCAGGGGUGCCCAGGCGUACAUGGAGGGCGCGGCGGCCGCCGCCCGUCCGGCGGAGCCGGGGCCGGCCGGGGAGGCGCAGAGCGAGGGGCCCCGCUGGAGCGGGCAGCUCCUCAUCGGCCACGACGGGAAACUGCGGCGGCGGCCCGCGGACAGGGUUCCGCCGGCGGGAGCGUCCCGAGCCUGCUCGUCGUGUGUGAGAGCGGCCGAUGUGAAGGAGGCGUGUGCGCAGUGCGAGCGGUUCGUCUGCCAGAGCUGCAGCCGGCUCUGCAGCUGCUGCAGCACCGUCACCUGCCCCCUGUGCUCCGCCGUGGAUUAUGGUGAUGUGGGAGAGCAAGUUCUCUGCAAUGGUUGUUCAGUAUUUCAAGUCUGAAACUUGAUGAAAUAACCCUUGUGGCUAAAACGUCCAUGAAUUUCAUGAAGUCUUCCCCUUGAAGCUGGUCAAUUAAUCCUUUUAGCCUGUGAAUUAGUGAUGGAAUUUCUAUGUUUUAUAUCUUUAUAUUGUGCUUUUAAAUAUUGUAGCUAAAUAAACAUUUAUAUUUUCAAGCUUUUUA